CUUGGCAGGCGGUAGGGACCAGGAGCGGCCUCAGAGGUGGACCCUGCAAGGUGGGCCGGCCAGCUGGUCCUACACAGGCCCACCCACACCAGGGAAGGGAGGGGGAAGCUGCCUCCCCACCCCAGCGGGCUGUUGUCUGCGAGGAAGGAGAGCCCUCGGCGCACGCGGCCGGCCCACCCUCGGUGCAUUUGUAUCCGCCUUGGGCCGCGAAGGCAAAGGCUGCGCCCAGGCAUCCAGGCCAGGACCGCCAGGCGCGAAGAUGGCUGCCCAGGUGCCGCUGUGGAAGGCGCUGUUCCUGCUGAGUGUGCUCUGUCUGGUUCAAGGUGCCCAUGGCGGGGGCCCCCGGGAGGACUUCCGCUUCUGUGGCCAGCGGAACCAGACGCACAGGAGCCGCCUGCAUUACGAGCAGGCCCAGGAGCUGCACAUCUCCAUCAGGAACUCGGAGGAGGCCCUCACCAUCCACGCCCCCUUCCCGGCAGACCCUAAGGCCUCUCGGCACUUCCCCGAGCCCCGGGGCCUCUACCACUUCUGCCUCUACUGGAGCCGGCACACCGGCAGGCUGCACCUGCGCUACGGCAGACAUGACUACCUGCUGAGCCAUGAGGCCUCGGGCCUCCUCUGCUUCCGGCACCAGGAGACGAGCCCGGGCCCAGGCCCCCCACUGCUCGCCACCUCCGUAAGGUCAUGGUGGGCCCCCCAGAACGCCAGCUUGCCCAGGGCUGCCGCCUUUACCUUCAGGUUCCACGACCCUCCCCAGAAAGUCUCCCACAAUGCCUCGGGGGACAUGUGUGAGCUGAAACGGGACCUGCAGCUGCUCAGCCAGCUCCUCAGGCAUCCCCAGAAGGCGGCCAGGAGGCCCUCGUCCAACCUCGCCCACAGGCAGCUGCAGAGCCUGGAGUCGAAGCUGGCCUCGGUGAGGUUCCCGGGGACCGCGAUGUCCUUCGAGGAGGACCGGGUCAAUGCCACAGUGUGGAAGCUGCGGCCCCAGGCUGGCCUCCAGGACCUGCGCAUCCAUUCUCCGCCGGAGGCGGAGCAGGGCGAGGUCCUGGAGUACUCGGUGCUGCUGCCGCGCGCGCUAUUCCAGCAGAGCAAGGGCCGGCAGGGCGGGGCCGAGAGGAGACUCCUGCUGGUGGACUUCAGCAGCCAGGCCCUGUUCCAGGACAAGAAUUCCAGCCAGGUCUUGGGUGAGAAGGUUCUGGGCAUCGUGGUGCAGAACACCAAAGUAGCCAACCUCUCGGAGCCCGUGGUGCUCACCUUCCAGCACCAGCCCCAGCCGCGGAACGUGACUCUGCAGUGCGUAUUCUGGGUUGAAGACCCAACACGGAGCAGCCCGGGGAGCUGGAGCCAGGCCGGGUGCGAGACGGUGCGGAGAGAGACCCAGACGUCGUGCCUCUGCGACCACCUGACCUACUUCGCGGUGCUGAUGGUGUCGUCCGUGGAGGUGGACGCCGUACACAAGCACUACCUGAGUCUCCUGUCCUACGUGGGCUGCGUCGUCUCCGCCCUGGCCUGCAUCUUCACCAUUGCCGCCUACCUCUUUUCCAGGAGGAAGUCUCGGGAUUACACCAUCAAGGUGCACAUGAACCUGCUGCUGGCCGUCUUCCUGCUGGACGUGAGCUUCCUGCUCAGCGAGCCUGUGGCCCUGAGCCACUCGGAGGCCGGCUGCCGCGCCAGCGCCAUCUUCCUGCACUUCUCCCUGCUCGCCUGCCUCUCCUGGAUGGGCCUCGAGGGCUACAACCUCUACCGCCUGGUGGUGGAAGUCUUCGGCACCUACGUCCCCGGCUACCUGCUCAAGCUCAGCCUCGUGGGCUGGGGCUUCCCCGUCUUCCUGGUCACAUUGGUGGCUCUGGUGGAUGUGAACAACUACGGCCCCAUCAUCCUGGCUGUGCACAGGACCCCCGAGAGCGUCAUGUACCCUUCCAUGUGCUGGAUCCGUGACUCCCUGGUGGGCUACGUCACCAACCUGGGCCUCUUCAGCCUGGUGUUCCUGUUCAACACGGCCAUGCUGGGCACCAUGGUGCUGCAGAUCCUGCGGCUGCGCUCCCACAGCCAGAAGUGGCCGCACGUGCUCACGCUGCUUGGCCUCAGCCUGGUCCUCGGCCUGCCCUGGGCCUUGGUCUUCUUCUCCUUUGCUUCCGGCACCUUCCAGCUGGUGGUCCUCUACCUCUUCAGCAUCAUCACCUCCUUCCAAGGUCUCCUCAUCUUCCUCUGGUACUGGUCCAUGCGGCUGCAGGCCCGAAGCGGGCCGUCCCCUCUGAAGAGCAGCUCGGACAGCGCCAGGCUCCCCAUCAGCUCCGGCAGCACCUCGUCCAGCCGCAUCUAGACCGCCAGCGCACCUGCUCGGCGAGAGGAAGCAGGGAUGCGGCCUCUCCCUACACUGCCUGCUCCGUGUGCGGCCAGGCCCGGACCAUGGCGGUCAGCUGGGGACUUGAGAAGGCCCUAGGACCUUGGGGGCAUGGGACAGGGCCCAGAGGGGGGUCUUGGGGAUGCUCCGCGGACAGGCCCAGCUCCCGAAGCACUCCGGAGUGCGCCCCCUGCAGGCUGGGGCUGUCCCCACAGCUAUCCCGACCUGGGGCUGGAGCCUGUUCUUUCCUGGCCACCUCUGGGCCCGGCGUUUGUUACUGGGGGUCUGACCUCCCAGGCCCCCGGCCAGGCCUCGGCCCUGUCUCUGGCAGGCGCCACGUGGCCACUUGCCAGCUCUGUCAUUUUUUAACCUGAGCAUGGCAUCGCAGGGCUGGUGCUGGAGCCAGCACCUGGAGGAAGAGGCCCCGGCCAGAGCACGGCCUUAGCUCGCCUACCUCGGAACCCAGGCCUCGCUCUCUGGCAGCCUCCCCAGGCCUCUCUCUUCCUCCUGGCUCCUCCCGGCCUCCCCUUGGGUCUCCGCAGGCCUGCAGUCCCGGCGUCCCCAGGUCCAGAGCUGCACAUGGGGCAAUGCUGCCCACGAGCCUCCUGGUGCCUGCUGUCCGCUUGUACCAGCCGCACAGCCUGAGCCUGCCCCGACUGUGGCUGGGUGUAGACGCGUGGGCUGGGCAGGGCCGUCUGGCCAUCCUGGCCUCUCUCUGAGCUGCCUCACCCUUGCUCUCACCCCAAGGGGACCCCAACCUCUCAAAGCCCUCUUGUGGCACAAACGGUGGAUAUUACUGUUCUGUCUGGCUUUGGUCUGGCACUGCAAAGACUAACACGAGACUCCUUCUCUGGGGAUGCCAGCCUCAAGCCUGCAGCUCUCCUAAGUGGUCACCUCGGUGUCCCUGCCCCGGGCACACUUGGCUCUCCAUCCUGGUUAUCUCUGUCCAACAAGCAUGCACUGGUCAGCGGCCAGCCUGUGCUAGGGGGUAGGGACCUGGUCACUUCCCCAGUAAACUCUUAGUGUAAUGUGUGUGGCCAGGGCUCCUGGAGCUACAGGCAUGGGAUCAGGGAGCCAUCAUUCUUGGCUGGGAACCCAGGAAGGCUUCCUGUAGGAAGUGGCAUUUGAUCUUGCUUUCAGCCGAAAGAUGGAGAGGGUGUGUGUUGUUUUUUUUUUUUUUUUAAGUACUAAUUCCUUUGUCUUUUGAUAUGAAAAGUACAUGUUUGUUGUAGAGGAUUUGGAAACUGUAGAAGAGUAUGAAGAACCAAAAUAAAAUUAGCUGUCACCAUCAGCUGACACCCAGUGUGGACA